CGAAGCCGGACUCAUGUGGUUGAGGGCACUUCCGCCUACUCGCCGGACUGACGUCGGACGAAGAAGGAACAUCUUUGGUGCCUCAUUCCCGUGUUGAUAUUUACCUGCUUUUCAGACAUCCGUGAAUAAUAUAUUUUCCUUGAGCUCAAGAAUGGAGCAGGACGAGCCCUGGCCCCCCUAUAUUAAAGAGGAAGAGGAGCUCAUACAAAUAAAGGUGGAAGAGGAGGAGCUAAAGUACCCCAAUAUUAAAGGGGAGGAGCAGAAGCCACAUACCUCUUACAUGAAGGAACAAAAAGAAUGCCAGCUCCCCCUCACACUACAGAGAAAGAGGAGUCAUAGUUGGCCUCAUAUUAAAGAAGAGGAGGAGGAACAGAGCAUCAGUCAGGAGGGAGAGCAUGGUGAAGGAUUGGAGGCGGAUGAUGUCAUCAAGAUGCCAUUGACCACUGUGAUUGUGAAGAGUGAAGAUGAGGUCAAAAGUGAAAGUGAGGAGGAGACUCCAAGCAGCAGCUCAACUCAACACAUGACAACAGAAGCUGAUGGAGACCACUGUGGAGGAUCACAAGCAGACAAGCUCUUAGCUCCACUCUCUGAAGGUGAUGCAACAGCUUACAUGGACAACACCCUCUUCACAUGCUCUCACUGUGACAAAACCUUUAAACUCCAGUGUCGUCUGAAAGUACACAUGAGAAUGCACACAGGAGAAAAAGAUUUCUCCUGUUCAAUCUGCAAUAAGGAUUUCACCCAUAAACACCAUUUGAAAACACACCUUAGAAUACACACUGGGGAAAAACCUUUCUGCUGCUCAGAAUGUGGUAAAGGUUUUGCACAUAAUAGCGUGCUGAAAAUACACAUGAGAAUACACACUAGAGAAAAACCUUAUCCCUGUUUAAUCUGCGGUAAAUAUUUUACUCAAAAGCAACAUGUGAAAACACACAUGAUAACACACACUGGAGAAAAACCUUUUUCCUGCUCAGAAUGCGACAAAGAUUUCACACGAACUAGCGAUUUGAAAAUACACAUGACAACACACACUGGGAAAAAACCUUUUUCCUGCUCAGAAUGUGUUAAAAGUUUUACACGAAUUAGCGACUUGAACGUACACAUGAGAAUUCACACGGGAGAAAAACCUUUUUCUUGUUCCAUCUGUAGUAAAGGUUUUAUACGAACGAGCGAUUUGAAAAUACACAUGAGAUCACACACUGGGAAAAACACUUUUUCCUGCUCAAAAUGUGUUAAAAGUUUUACACAAAUUCACGAUUUGAAAGCACACAUGAGAAGUCACACUGGAGAAAAACGCUUUUCUUGUCCCUUCUGUGGUAAAGGUUUUACACGAAGUACCAAUUUCAAAAUACACAUGAGUAGGCACUUGUGAAAAACCAUAUCCCUGUAUAAAGUGCAACAAAAGCUAUUGUAAAAAAAACCCAAAAAAAACUAGAAAGACACACGAGUUGCAAUGUGUGUGAUGAAAGAAUCUCUUAAAUGACCACUUUAUUUAUAUAGCAUAUUUAAACAACAAAAAUGUUUACAAAGUCCAUCCAUCCAUUUACUACCGCUUAUUCCGUUUGGGGUUGAAAGGGGGCACUGGUGCCUAUCUCAGCUACAAUCCGACGGAAGGCGGUGUACACCCUGGUCAAGUCCCCACCUCACCGCAGGGCCAACACAGAUAGACAGACAACAUUCACAGUACCGCGUUUCCAAAGUGCUGCACAUAAAUAUUAAAAACAAGAUUCAAACACUAUCCUCAGCUCCACCAGUGACUGAAUGAAAACAAAAUAAAUAUAAAAAAUGAUUAAAAACAAUUUUAAAGGGUAAAACCAAUUAAAACAAUAAAUAAAAAUAAUCGUUCGGCUCUAAAUAAGCAAUCUACAACCUUAACACCUUAAUCCGAUCGCGUCCGUUUUUUAAAAAGUCGGAUUAACACACCUGGAUUCUAGGAUUGGAAACCGGAUCUCUCGAGGAGGUGUGCGUGCUGGAGGGGACCCUUUGUAUCUCAACACGUGGGAUAUAAGCCGGAAGCAGGUACCACUCAAAAAAGAACAGAGGCAACAAUUGCAAUAAAGAGGAGACAAAUGAAAAGAAGAGAACAUUUUCAAGCGCAUCGAUGAAAGGAAAAAGGUAACAGAUUUAUUGAAUAAGGGAGAUAAGAAAAUUGAGAAUUCCUGUUUAAUUUGGACUUCCGAACAAAAUUCAAACGAGAUGGAAGAGAAUGAAGCCGAUAUAUUUAUUAUAAAGGCAAAUAACAAAGUGUACCCAAACCUCUUUAUGAUGCAUUUGUACACGCCAACUAAUGGACAAUAACUGUAUUCCACACAACUAGCAAGAUAGUCCAGAACAGGGGUGUCAAACGUACAGCCCACGAACAGGUUUUAUUCAGCCCCCGAAAUGAGUUUGCUAAGUACAAAAACAAGCAGUAAUUUUUUAAAUGAAAAAAAUAGCUGUUUGAAAUGUGUCCACUGGAUGUCGCGAUAGCAAUUCUCUGAAUCCGCUGCCACGAGAGCGAGCAUGACUACGUGCUUACGCUGCUUAUUAGUGAUAGUGUACAAAAUGCGGAUAGUUACUUUCAUGCCAUAUUGUCAACGAUGUUGUUGGUAAUGAAACCAGAGACAUUUAUACCCAAAUAAACGUGUCUAAUAAUCUUUACAUUUCGUGUUGGACUUAUGACUGCAUGGGGACUAACUUCAUGUAUGAUGAAUGAAAUGAGUGUAAAUUCACAAGUUUAGCAGUCGGUGAUGCUAUAUAUGUACUGAAAAAACCCACAGGAUGUUUGUACUUCAGGAAAAUGAGUAAAUUACAUUAAGAACAAAUAUUUGUAUUAAUUUCAUUUUCUGUUAUUAAAAAUGUACACAAAUGGGAGCAUUUUAAAAUUCUGCCGGACUCAUUUCCACCUAAUAUAAUGAUAAACAUUAUCACAUCAUUUAUUCAUAAAGUAUAAACAACAACAAAUUAAAGGCCUACUGAAACCCACUACUAGCGACCACGCAGUCUGAUAGUUUAUAUAUCAAUGAUGAAAUAUUAACAUUGCAAGACAUGCCAAUACGGACUUUUUAGUUUACUAAAUUGCAAUUUUAAAUUUCCCGCAAAGUGUCCUGUUGAAAACGUCGCAGAAUGCUGACGUGUACGCGUGACGUCACGGACUGUUAGGAAAUAUUAGCGCUGCGCACACACACACAGCUAUAAGUCGUCUGCUUUAACCGCAUAAUUACACAGUAUUUUGGACAUAUGUGUUCCUGAAUCUUUUGCAAUUUGUUCAAUUAAUAAUAAUAACAAAGUGGAAAGAUGGAGUUGGGAAGCUUUCGCCUUUAGCCACACAAACACACGGGGAUUCCUUGUUUAAAAUUCCCGGAGGUGAAACUUUACUAUGGAUCAGAGCGGUCAAGCGAACAUGGAUCCCGACCACAUGUCAACCUGCAGUUUUCGGUGAGAAAAUUGUGGUAAAAGGUCGCCACUUACUGGAGAUCAGCUGAGCUUGUGCCGUCCGUACAGCUGCCGUCAGCACACCCGUGGAUACAUGUAUCCCUUACGACUAUCAGGUAAUAUUAAACUCACUAAAACACUAGCAACACAAUAGAAGGAUUAGGGAUUUCCCAGAAUUAUCCUUGUAAAUGUGUCUAAAAACAUCCCAAUGCAAUCGCGUUUUUUUUUUUAAACUUGAUUUUUUUUUUUUUGUAGUCCGUCGCUAUCAAUAUCCUCAAACAUUAAACUUUCAUCCUCGCUCAAAUGAAUGGGGAAAUUGUCGUUUUCUCGGUCCGAAUAGCUCUUUUUGUUGGAGGCUCCCAUUAAAAACAAUGUGAGCACGUGAGGAGCCCUCAACGGGUGACGUCAUCGUCUGCGACUUCCGGUAAAGGCAGGGCUUUUCUGUUAGCUACCAAAAGUUGCGAACUUUGUGGUCGAUUUUCUCAACUAAAUCCUUUCAGCAAAAAUAUGGCAAUAUUGCAAAAUAAUCAAGUAUGACAUAGAAUGGACCUGCUAUCCCCGUUUUUAAUAAGAAAAUCUCAUUUCAGUAAGCCUUUAAGGUAGAAUAAUACUAACCGCAACAUGUGAAUGUAAAAAAAAUAAGUUCAUAUGUGAGUCAAGGCAGGUGGCCAAAUACUUUUGGCAAUAUAGUGUAUUUAUCUGUGCAUAAAAGAAAUAAGCCCCCCCCAGUGUACGGGAGGCAGGCGGUGUCUCAUUAGAAAGAGUACAUGGACACUUGGACUUCACUCAUAGGUGUGAAAAUACAAAAAAAAAAUAUUUGAGAAAUUAGACUUGUUUAGUGCAUGAAAACAUAGUGAGUGUAAAAAAACACAAGUGUGCUGGUGAGAACAGCAGCCAAUGAAGCUGCAGGAUUUGAAAAAAAACUUUAAAAACGAUGUUAACUUCAACUUUGUAACAUUCGCACAUAUAACAUAUAUAACAUCGUUGUUGUGUGUAUCACAAAUGAUUGUAACAUUCAUAGAUGACAUAUUUUAGAGUAGUGCUUUUUUCAGGCAAUUAUACAACAUUGUGGGCUUGUCUUUAAACAUAAGAACAGUCUGACUGAAAAUGUGAGAGUGAAUAGUGCAAAACAUGUUAAGUACAAUAUUCUGUGUAUAUAGAUAUUCAUAAUUCACAUUUAUACUUAUUCAUAAGAGUGAUUUGAUAUAGGUUUUUGUAAUAAUGACGUGUUACAUAAUGUAAUUUCUAGUUUUAAUGAUUGCUGAGAAGAACUCCAAUAGAUGAUUUACCGUAUUUUUCGGACUAUAAGUCGCAGUUUUUUUUCAUAGUUUGGCCGGGGGUGCGGUUUAUACUCAGGAGUGACUUAUGUGUGAAAUUAUUAACACGUUACCGUAAAAUAUCAAAUAAUAUUAUUUAGCUCAUUCACGUAAGAGACUAGACGUAUAAGAUUUCAUGGGAUUUAGCAAUUAGGAGUGACAGAUUGUUUGGUAAACGUAUAGCAUGUUCUAUAUGUUAUAGUUAUUUGAAUGACUCUUACCAUAAUAUGUUAUGUUAACAUACCAGGCACCUUCUCAGUUGGUUAUUUAUGCCUCAUAUAACGUACACUUAUUUAGCCCGUUGUUCACUAUUCUUUAGUUAUUUUAAAUUGCCUUUCAAAUGUCUAUUCUUGGUGUUGGGUUUUAUCAAAUAAAUUUCCCCCCAAAAUGCGACUUACAUAUGUUUUUUUCCUUCUUUAUUAUGCAUUUUCGGCAGGUGCGCCUUAUACUCCGGGGCGACCUGUACUCCCAAAAAUACGGUCCAUAUUCAUUCUACAUUUGUACAUCCCUUUGCUUUUGAGUACACAUAAACUCCCUCUUAGUUCAUAUUUACUGGUUCACAUGGGAAACAUCUUCUGGAAGCAUAGCAUUAUUUACUUGAUAUAUCCUUUGAGCAGUUGUGUUUCAUACAAGAUUGUUUACUUUGAAAAUGUGUGACUUUAUGAAUAAUUUGUUCCAAUAAUAUCAUCUAUUACUCUAUUUCGUAAUAUGAAUACUGUUUUGUGAUUGCUUCGUGUGUUUGUCCUCAGACCUUUAUGUAACAGGCAAUGUAUGCUUCAAUAAAAGUUGAUGCAACAAA